UUUAUUUGUUUUGAUUUCAGCAACUUUUUUAUUCCUGUGAAGAUAUUUGGAUAUCUGAAUCUAAAAUUAUUAGUCGCUAGUCGAAAUGGCAACAGGUAAUGAAGAACUUCCAGUACGCCGUACCAGACGUGAAAAAAAACCAAGCCUAAAAGCCAUGGAAUCUUUAUAUGCCACAAAGCUGAAAUCUGGUGGGUUUGUGGCUUCUGUAAGCAGCAGCGAUGAGGAGCAAUUUAUGUUCAGCGAUGACGAAGAAGACUACGAUAGUCCCGAGAAACCAAAGCUACUGCAUGAAGAUGAAAUGGUAAAGGGUGAUGAGAUGUUUACUUUCCAAAAACGAAAGGAUAGAGCCAGUUUAGCCUUAAAAGUAUCUGAAAUGCAGAAGACACCGCAUGUGGUCCGGUCUAAAAUAAAAAGUAAACUUAAAAUGGUGUUUGAAGAUAGUGGCAGUGAAUAUGAGGUUUCUGAAGAGGAGAGUUCUGAAAGUGAUAGUUCAGAUAAUGUAAGCGAGAAAAGUGAACAGGAGGAACAUGAAAAACCAAAAAAGAACAAGCUAAAGGCAAAUAUUAAAUUUGAUGAUGCUAAAGCAAAAGUUUCAACCAGAGGCAGAAAAAUUAAACAAAAUUCAAAGUAUACUAUUGAUACAGAUGAAUACUUUGCAAAUUCAGCCUUAGCUAAAAUUAAAACUUCAAAUAACACAUUAGAUAAAUUGCAAACUCCUAGAUUACCACAGUACGAGCUCCAAAAACUCUUACUAAACAAGAGAUUUUCAAAAGAACAUAUUAAAGGAAUUGAUGCUCUUUCAGCAGCCAACAAACAACAAUUUAAAAAAUGGCUUUAUGUAUUACACCAGAAUUUUUCAAUACUGCUGUAUGGCCUUGGGUCAAAGAAGAGUAUUUUAUCAAUUUUCCAAGAGGAGUACCUGCAAGAUCAUCCUGUUAUUGUUAUAAAUGGAUUUUUUCCUACCUUAAGCAUCAAAAAUAUUAUUGAUAGCUUUAUAGAAGACUUAUUUGAACUAGAUGAAAACCCCUCUAAUCUGAACCAAGCUGUAGAUUUAAUCAUCCAGGAAGCCCAGAACUGUAGUGAUACUUACUUUUAUCUUCUAAUAAAUAAUAUUGAAGCAAUUAGAGGGGCCAAGGCACAAACUGUCUUAGCCACCCUUGCAAGUGUUCCAAAUAUAUGUUUGAUAGCCACUAUAGAUCAUAUCAAUGCUCCAUUAAUAUGGGACCAUACCAAGCUUAGCAAAUUUAACUUUACUUGGUGGGAUGUAACAUCUUACUUAACUUAUCAGCAUGAGACAGAAUGUGAAAUGUCUUCUAUGACACAACAAAACAGUUCACUCGCCUUAUCUUCUUUAAGAAAUGUAUUCUUGUCUCUUACACAAAACUCUAAGGCCAUUUAUUCAAAGAUUGGCAAAUACCAAAUUGAAAACUCUGGGCAGUAUUAUCAAGGCAUGGCAUUUAAAGAACUGUAUAAGGCUUGCCGAGAAUCAUUCAUUGUUAGCUCUGAUUUGGCCUUAAGGGCACAACUUAGUGAGUUUAUUGAUCAUAAGAUGAUAAAGACAAAAAGAUCAAUGGAGGAUGGAACAGAGUAUUUGGUUAUACCUCUUGCUAAUAAUUUACUACAAAAGUUUAUGGACGAAAUAUCUUAAAAAUUGUAAUUUAUUGUUUUUAUGCUUGAACAUAUUUCUUCUUAUUGCUUUAUAUAUUUUUUUCAUCAUCAUUAAAGUAAUAAUUUUUUUCUUAUUUAUUUACACAGUGUCACUUUCUUUGCUAUAAGGUAUUAAUAAAUAUCUUGUUUGUAAAUAGUAUUAUGUAAAUAACUUCCGUAAUAAAAUUUCUCUAUAUAAAGAAAGUAUUGCCAACUUUAAUAA